UCAUGAUGUGGGUGUUCGUCGUGGGAUGUAUCUGUGACUUGAUUUUGUCGGCCGUACGCAUUUUGAGGCGCGUGAUGCUCUGGUUGUAUCAGCCGAUUCUCCUGACGUCCGAACCUAUUCCCGUCGCCAUUCAACUCGGAUGACGCACGCAUAAGUCGGGUGUUGUGCUUGUACCGCGACCUUGGAGUGCACAGCACGGUUGGCGAACGCUUUUGUGGGCCCUUCCGUCAUGCAAGAAUAUUUUGUCACGUCUUUUUUGUUCACAAGGCUUCGUCACAAAGCUAUUUUCAUGUCGCGUGCCCCCCCCCCCCCCCUGUUAUCAGGUACAAGGACGAUGGCGCCCUGGGCAAAAAGAUGCCCGUGUCGGCCGCACAAGAAAGUUCUUCGGAAAGUUCAUCGGAUUCCUCGCCGGAGGAAAACAACGAAAACGGUCAUCCGACAUCGAGACGAAGAAAAAGGCCGAGACGUUUGCUUCGGAAGUGCCCAGGAGCGGGCCUGCCCGAUCCCGUGUUGUCGACUCUCAGUGUCAACAAGGACUUGGGGUGCGUGAGCGAAGCCUUCCAGAAGUCCCUGCAAGCCUUCCUGGACAGCAACCCGGCAUCGCUUCGCGGCGACCACACGAAGGAGAAUUCGAAAGCCGUGGCUGCGUCGGGGACGUCGUCUCCUCCCGGCCCCGGUUCCCUUAAGGAGGCGUUUGAGCUGCUGAUGUGGGUCAAGUACAUGCGGUGUUUGGCUAAUCCGGGGGAGACUGUUGGUUCCAUCGCGGCGCAGUCGGUCGGCGAGCCGUCGACACAGAUGACCCUGAACACGUUCCAUCUUGCGGGGCACGGCGGGGCGAACGUGACGCUGGGUAUCCCAAGGCUGAGGGAGAUCAUCAUGACGGCGGCAAAGAAUCUCAAGACGCCUUCCAUGGUGGUACCGCUACGCGAGGGUGCCGAUCGACCCGCGGCGAAGUCUCUCGCUCUCCGUCUCUCACGCCUGCCCUUGUCGCAGCUGCUUGACAACCGAGGGGGGAUCGUCGUGCGCGAACGGCUGGUGAAGGGAGAUACGGGCCUGUGGGAGCGGCACUAUGCCAUCUGCCUUAAGCUUUUCAGUCCCUCCAUCAUCAGCAUGGCCUUCGACAUCAGCUUCAAGGAGUUGUGUCGCAAGAUCAGCGGGGUGUUCGUCCCCAACCUUCUCUCAGCGAUAGCGAAUGACCUGCGGAGAACAGGCAACAAGCUGUCCCAGACCGGGGGCUCCACCGUUGGGAUGGCGUCUAGGGGAAGGGGUAAGCGUGCCGAUGGGAACGGGGACGAGGAGGAGGACGACUUGGAGGGGGAAGGGUCCGCCAUCGCACAGAGCAAGGCUGGUGCGAAGAAGGCCAGCAAGGCUGAGGCCGAGUACGAGAGCGACGACGAGGACGAGGAGCAGGGCACCCUCAAGUUUGGCAAGCAGAAGGAGCAGUCUUCUUACGGUGGCAUGGACGAGGAAGAGAAGGCUAUCUGGAAGGCGAUGAGCGGCAAAGAGGCUGAUGGCGGUGUUCUCGGUGAUGACGGGGACGAUGAUGAGGAAGGGAUCGGAGGUGAUGAUGGUGUCGGCAAGGAGAAGGACGAUGACAAGGACUACUUCAACCUGCCGAACCUGUCAGGCGCUCGUCACUUCAAGGGCAUCACGAAGAACAAGAAGACCGGGGAGGUGGAGGUGACCGUCAGGCUUCCGUCGAGCAUGCGACGGCUGCUGAUGGUCGGGCUGGCCGAGAGCGCCGCAGCGAAGACCAUGGUUCGGUCCCACAAAGGCAUCAGGGGGGCGUUCGUGGUGGAGACGACCGUCGACGGGAAGAGCGGCCUGGCCGUUCAGCUUGAAGGCAGCGACUUCGAGACGGUGUGGCAGCUCAAGGAAGGCGGAGUCGACGGCAUCCUCAACCUCAACAAGCUAACCUCGAAUGAUAUCUGGGCGGUGUGCCAAACGUACGGCGUGGAGGCGGCGCGGGCGUCGAUCGUCGCCGAAAUCACCGGAGUCUUCGGCGCGUACGGUAUCGCCGUGGACCCGAGACACCUGGGGCUGGUUGCCGACCACAUGACCUUCGACGGCGGGUACCGGCCGUUGAAUCGCGCCGGGAUGGCCGACUUCUCGUCCCCCUGCCUACAGAUGAGCUUCGAGACGACCACCGACUUCAUGGCCAAGGCUGCCGUGGCCCGCUCCAGCGACCGGUUGAAGUCCCCGUCUGCUAGGAUAGUGAUGGGCCGGGUUGGGAACUUUGGCACAGGGAUGUUCGAUUUGCGACAGCCCGCCGAGUUUGGUGGGGUAGGGCAAGUUGGUGGGCAGGAGUAAACGCUGUUGUGCUUGAUACUCCGGCGAUUGUGCAGAUGUAGAGUUCAUAAUGGAGUUCCGUGUGUUGUGCUGAUGGAUCAUCUGGUGUAUGCAUACGUUGGUUGGUUCCUGUUUAUUUCGUUCCACAUUUUUAGAUCUUGUUCCUCGUGUGCGUGGUGUGGUGUUGAGAUAAUUGUUGUUUUUUUUGUCUUCGUCUUUGCCGCCCCUCUGUUAAAUUUUGACGCGGUUUGACAACGCGUUCAUUAGACAAUAACGAGUGUCCCGCAAGAGAACUUGAAUCAAAACUUUGGACUUGUCAGUUGUCAGGGAUUUGAGUGCCGUUUGCCGCACGCACAACCGAUGUGCUCACAGCUGCUCUGCUCUGUUGGCAACUGUGCACUUGUGCAUUAGCGAAGCAUCCUAGAGACAAGCCGGUGCGUUGGUUCAGCUGUUCACAACGCUGUUACUGUUUAGGAUUGACAUUGCGUCAAUAGUUCGUAUUUGGAGGUAUGAUAGUUAUUAUGUUGAACGCCUCACCACUUAACAAUCUUGCCGCUAUAGCACAAUGAAUGUCGGAAGAUUCGUGUCUACCGAAAAACAGUCAAUCGAGCUUUCGCUCUCCGCUAACGCCAAGAAUAUCGAAAGAGUCGUCAGCUGGCAAGCGGUGUAACAAAAGCUUCGGUGCUGUUUCUGGCGCUCAUAUCCUUUUGAAGGCGGCAUUGACUCCGAUUUCGACAAGAACAACUAACAACGGGC